AUGAAGCCUCUAAAUAUUACAUAUAUAUAUAUAUAUGAUUAUGCAAAUCUGCAGGUUGAAGAAGUCCGAGGCUCAAACAUCUCAUUGAAGAACCGCCUUGCGAAGCUGGAGCAAGCACUUCGGAACAAAGAUGAGCUUGCAGAAAACCUGCAUGUCAUCGACUUCGAACAACUCAAAAUUGAGAACCAACAGCUCAAUGAAAAGAUUGAGGAACGAAAUGAAGAGCUUCACAAGUUGCGAAAGAAGACAAUAGUGACAGUGCAGAUCAUCACGCACAUGAGGGAGAAGGUGCAAUUUGUGCAGAAGGAAUAUCAGAUCCUCAAGGAGGAGCUGGCACAGCUGGACCAAGACCUUGGUGCUCAGCGAGACUUGGUGACAAAAACCAAGCACGAGCGAGAUGAGCACAGGCAAGAGUAUGCUUCCUUGAAGCAGCAAACUGGCAUCAUGAACUCUGAGCAUUUGACCAAGGACUUCAAGGACGCGGGACGCUUUAAGUGCAUAUGGGAUGGAUACUACCGUCCACGGAUGUUUAUGGUCACACCUACUGUUUUGAGACUUCAAACUGCUGUACCGCAGCGUAUAGCUCAAGCAAAUUGCAUUCUGAGAGUCCGAAGAUUCAACUCAUGGAGUUGUUCUGCGUGUGUGACAUACCUGGUUCGAUCAUGA